AUGCAUCGGGCCCGAUCGUCGCGAGAUGCAUCGCGACGAUCAGGAGCAGCCGCCGCCGCGAUGCGCAUUGCGGCCAGCUUCGGGCCGCAAAGCGCAUCGCGCCGACCGGGCCGCCGCCGCCGCGAUGCGCAUUGCGUCCUGCUUUUGGCCGCUCCGCGCAUCGCGCCGACCAGGCCGCCGCCGUCGCCAUGCGCAAUACCCAUCUUUCCUCACUCCCUCGCAUGCCUCCACAUUUGUUACGUUGAAUCCCCUCUCCGUCCCUCUCACCCACUCGCAUACGCUCUCAUUCCCUCUCACCCACUCUCAUACGCUCUCAUUCCCUCCCACCCACUCUCAUACGCUCUCAUUCCCUCUCACCCACACUCAUACGCUCUCAUUCCCUCUCACCCACUCUCAUACACUCUCAUCCCCUCUCACCCACUCUCAUACGCUCUCAUUCCCUCUCACCCACUCUCAUACGCUCUCAUUCCCUCUCACCCACUCUCAUACGCUCUCAUUCCCUCUCACCCACUCUCAUACGCUCUCAUUCCCUCUCACCCACUCUCAUACGCUCUCAUUCCCUCUCACCCACUCUCAUACGCUCUCAUUCCCUCUCACCCAUUCUCAUACGCUCUCAUUCCCUCUCACCCACUCUCAUACGCUCUCAUUCCCUCUCACCCACUCUCAUACGCUCUCAUUCCCUCUCACCCACUCUCAUACGCUCUCAUUCCCUCUCACCCACUCUCUUACGCUCUCAUUCCCUCUCACCCACUCUCAUACGCUCUCAUUCCCUCUCACCCAUUCUUAUACGCUCUCAUUCCCUCUCACCCACUCUCAUACGCUCUCAUUCCCUCUCACCCACUCUCAUACGCUCUCAUUCCCUCUCACCCACUCUCAUACGCUCUCAUUCCCUCUCACCCACUCUCUUACGCUCUCAUUCCCUCUCACCCACUCUCAUACGCUCUCAUUCCCUCUCACCCACUCUCAUACGCUCUCAUUCCCUCUCACCCACUCUCAUACACACUCAUCCCCUCUCACCCACUCUCAUACGCUCUCAUUCCCUCUCACCCACUCUCAUACGCUCUCAUUCCCUCUCACCCACUCUCAUACGCUCUCAUUCCCUCUCACCCACUCUCAUACGCUCGCAUUCCCUCUCACCCACUCUCAUACGCUCUCAUUCCCUCUCAUCCCCUCUCAUUCACGUUCAUCCCCUUUCAUCCCCUCUCAUCCCCUCUCAUCCCCUCUCAUUCACUCUCAUCCCGUCUCCUACAAGGGAGACGGCAAAUCACCAUGACGAUGAUGGACCCACCAAGAGUGCCGGAUAUAUCGGUGGACGGGCGCGGGUUGAGGACUGCGAAGGACAUGGCUGCAAGACACAUACUAUGCUGGUUGCAGGAGAUGGGAUGGCGGAAGGAGAAGAGAUGA